GCAAUAAGUUCGAAAGAGAAGAAAAUGAAGACUGAAGAUGGUUUGUUGUUUCCUCAUACAUACAGAUUUCGCGAUCAAUACGCGUCUUCUCUUGUUUCGUAGCGGCAGGUCUCGUAGAUUUCCAUUUUCUUCUUGAAUUUGCCCUUUUCUUUCGUAUUCAUAUCCUGUUUUCCACAAUUUUCUCUAUUUCUUCUCCUCACUUUCUCUCUCUCUCUCUCUCUCUCUCUCUCUAUAUAUAUAUAUAUAUAUGUGUGUGUAUAUAUAUGUACAUAUGUAGGUAUAUGUUGUUUACUUUUCUUUCAUUUCCACCCUCCUUUUUCUUUUCAUGGCGGCUUCUACUUGAUUUUUUCCCCACUCCUGCUUUUUCCAUCUAGUUUUCUCCAUAACUCAUCGCCAUUAACUUGAAUGAGAAGAAGCACAUUGCUGCUGCGACUGAUUUUUGUAAAUUCACGAUCAGAAGCCCAAACAGAUGAAGUGCUUGUAUCUUUUCAAGAGGAAAUCCAAGAGCAAGGGAGAGGUAGAAUCUGUCCCUGAAUUGAGGGACAAUGGAGAUGAUUCUACUCUAACUCGCACAACAAAAUCCUUGCCAUCCCGGAGGAGUAUACACGAAUUGUACAAAGAAAACGAGCACAAUUUGAGGGUUUUCUCUUUCCAAGAGCUUAGCGAUGCAACUAAUGGAUUCAGCAGGAGGCUAAAGCUUGGAGAAGGUGGUUUUGGGAGUGUAUAUAAGGGUACACUUAGCCCUGCCCUUCCUCAGGGAAAUCCUCAAAUUGUCGCCAUUAAAAAGCUCAACAACCAGGGAUUGCAGGGUCAUAAACAGUGGCUAGCAGAAGUUGAGUUUCUUGGUGUUGUCAAUCACCCUAACAUAGUAAAACUUUUAGGAUAUUGCGCUCAAGAUGGUGAAAGGGGGAUCCACCGACUGUUGGUUUAUGAAUUCAUGCCUAACAGGAGCUUAGAAGACCAUCUCUUCAGUAGGGUUUCCCUCACCUUGCCUUGGGAAAGAAGAUUGGAGAUUAUGCUUGGUGUGGCUCAGGGAUUAGAUUAUUUACAUCGGGCAUUGGAAGUGCAGGUGAUAUAUCGAGAUUUCAAACCCUCGAAUGUGCUUCUAGACGAAAACUUUAAGCCCAAGCUCUCAGAUUUUGGACUUGCUAGGGAAGGGCCGAUGGAUAAUCGUAGUCAUGUAUCUACAGCUGCUGUUGGUACAUAUGGAUAUGCUGCUCCAGAGUAUGUAGAGACAGGCCAUCUCAGUGCACAGAGUGAUAUAUGGAGUUUUGGCGUGGUGCUUUACGAGAUACUCACAGGCAGGCGAGUAAUAGACAGAAACCGGCCUGCGGUGGAGCAUAAGCUUCUGGAUUGGGUAAAACAGUUCCCUCCAGACAGUAAAAAGUUCAGCAUGAUAAUAGACCCUUGCUUGAGGAACCUCUACCCUAUCGCUGCAGCUAGGACAGUGGGCAACUUAGCUAAUAGCUGCCUAAAUAGAAAUGCAAAACGACGACCGACAAUGAGUGAAAUUGUAGAGACCUUGAAGCAAGCCAUAGGAGAAACAAAAGCAAGAACACAAAGUUCUCUUAAGCACACAUCUAGAGUACCGGACAAAACUUCAAAUAUGGAUUAGGACUCUCCCAUAGAGGAAUUAUAUAAUAUGUGGUGGGUUCAGCUCAUCUUCAAAUAUGGUGGACGUUGACCGCCAACUUCUUGGAUUCUUUUUUGCCUACGACCAUAAAAUUAAUAAAUUCAUGCGAGAGAUUGAAAGUGGAUAUUUGCGCCUAUCUACUCAUGCAAGUUAAAUAUAUUUAAUUAAUUA